AUGGAAGACGAUUUGACAACAGCACUAGAAUUUUUCACCAACGAGGUGUUUAAUUCUCCGAAAGAAAUAACUGAGUGGGUGCACAAUGUGGGACGUUCAGUUAAUUAUGUUGUUGUUAGGAAAAGAUUAAAGGCAGAGCCAAAUGAGAAUGUCUAUAAAGUCGUGUUUAUGUGUGAACACGACGGAGUUUACAAAAAUAAAACAAUUCCCAUUUGUCAUACGGGAACAAAAAAGUUUGGAUGCCCAUUUGAGUUGAUAGCGCUAUUUUCGGCUAAACAUAGUUGGUGGACGUUGACGGUGGUAAGCGAUGCACAUAAUCAUGUUCUUGAACAAUAUAUGGAGGGUCAUGCAUAUGCAAUGCGGCUGAAUGAAACUGAAGCUCAACUAGUUGAAGAUCUAUCAGCCCAACAUGUUAAGCCACGAUACAUCUUAUCCACGUUAAAAGGUAGACGUACGGGAAAUGCAUGUACGUCAAAAACAAUAUACAAUGAACAACAAAAGAUUAAGACAACAAACGAUGCAGAAAGACCACAAAUGCAAAUAACAGUUCUAGAAAUUGCAUUUUAG